AUGCCAAGCAUUUUAGAAACAAACCCUCAAAACACUUCUACCUCUCGUAUCUCGAGCGGCAAGUUCGAGGUUCUGGACGGACUUCUUGAAGACAAAGCCGCCUGGAAGACUAAGAAUGACAGCAAAGGGGACGCACCGCAAGUCGAAAGAGAAAGUGAGGACGGUCUCACCAAAUCCAUGGCAAGCCUUGCCAUGAGCACUGCUUCGAAGGCAGACUCAACGGUUCCAGAGUGGAGGCGAGAAGGUUCAAGACCAGAAAAGUACAUUUCUAACCCUGCUGGCAGCAAGGCACAAAGCGGAUUGAUGCGAAAACCAGACCUUUUCGGCCGCACCUUGGUCCCUACGGCCAGCAGAGUAUCUUGCACAUUCACACGAACCUGGGAUCAGCCUCGAAUGGCCGAAGCAGGGUUUCUCAACUACUAUCCAUUCCAUAAACAUGAGUUCGCACUGGGAACCAUCAUCCGAGGAGUCAUUCAUGAACAGGACAUCAUGAACACACCCAGGCCCGCGCCGUCCAACGCUCCGACCGCCAUCACCAACGCCGGCAAAGAACACGUCACGCACGGAGACUUUGGCCCAGUCUACUCUGAAAACCGCAUCCUGAUCGUCGUAAACAACCGGCCCGGGGACCAUUACCUCGCCGUCCCCGUGUACUCGCACAAAGGCAACGGUCUUGCCAAGAAGCUCCACAGCGACGAAUACGUCUCGGUCGCGGAUCACCGCUACCUCGCGAACUGCCAGCAGCAGUCUGCCCACGCUCCUCUCGUGACGGAGUUUCUGAAGGACGGUGUGGAAGAACUGCUGCCCGUGAGCGCGGCGUACGCUUCGUACCCUGUUUCGCGCAAAUACGGUUUGCCCGUGGCCCAUCAGGGUAGACUGGAUGACGAAAGUACGAAGCGCCUGGUUGCGAUGUAUCUCAAGUGGGGGAACCUUAUGAAAAUGAAGAUUAACGUUCGCCCAACGGAGUGGAUAAAGAAAUCGAUCAAAUACAGGGCUUGA